CUUCCGCAGGCUUGAGGGUCAACUUUUGUUCUCGAUCUGCUUCUGUGUGUCUCUGGACCUUGUUGGCUACAUCUCUCUGACUUAUCAUUUACGACCCGAAUCCGGUUGGAAAUCUGCGCCGCAUUGCAUACGCGCACUCAACACGGUCGCAGUUUUGUGGGCUUGCUGUCCAUUUUCCACCGAGACUUCCCCUCUACUCCAUUGUCAACAACCAUAACACCCGAUCCAUCAUGUUGCCUCUUGUGGGGAUUGUGCUUUUCGUUCACAUUGCCAUCUACCUUGUGAACACCGUCGGUGCGACCACGAUUGACAACCUAUUAUGGCUUCUCUACCUGAGACUCCCGACCCCAACAUCUAGGAAGUUCCGCGAGCAGAACCGUCUGAAGCGCGAAGUUGUCCAACUGAAACGGGACAUGAACAACACCAGCUCGCAAGACGAGUUUGCGAAAUGGGCCAAGCUACGAAGACGACACGACAAAACGAUGGAGGAAUAUGAAGCCAUGAAUAAGGAGCUCGCCUCGCAGAAAUCAUCUUUCGAUUGGGGCGUGAAAGCCGUCCGCUGGGUCGGUACAAGUGGCCUCAAGUUCUUCCUGCAAUUCUGGUACUCGAAAACGCCCGUCUUCAUGCUGCCGGAGGGUUGGGUCCCGUACUACGUGGCCUGGAUUCUGUCGUUCCCCCGCGCGCCUUUCGGGUCCGUGAGCAUCCAGGUUUGGAGUAAUGUUUGUGCCACGGCGAUCACCACUCUGGCCGAGAUUGUUACGGCAUUGCUGUUGCAAACGGAUAACGGAGCGGCGGAGCCUGUUCCUGCUGGUGCUAGUGCCGAGGAGAAGAAAGGGCAAUGAAGGACACGAAGACGACGGGGGAGAAAGGGGUUGUUUGAAGCGAGACUACUGGAUGAGCAAAAAGAACAAUUGUAUAAAAUAGAAUGACGGUGAUGAUAAUGGCUCUCAUUAUUUCUCUCAUUUGGCAAAUAUUGG